AUGGGAGGAUAUGGCAAAAAAAGAGGUCGUAGUAAAAAAUGGAGGGAAAUGCUGAAGCUGCCCCCUGUCAGCCAGUGCAGCGAGCUUAGAUGUUCCAUUGAAAAGGAUUAUAACAGCCUUUGUGACAAGCAGCCAAUAGGAAGACUUCUCUUCAGGCAAUUCUGUGAUACAAGACAUGAUCUAAAGAUAUACAUCAAAUUCCUAGACGUAGUGGCAGAAUAUGAAGUGGCUGAUGACGAAGACCACAGAAGUUAUGGACUGUCCAUCUUAGACACGUUCUUCAGUGCUGCUGAGACGGAAAGAUCUAAAAAGGUGGACAACACAAAAUCGGCAGCCCCUUUACCAGAAAUACCUUCACCUGUCUUGAAAGAAUGUAGGUUGAGACUGAAGGAGAACCCCUCCAAGGAUGUCUUUGAGGAGUGCACCAGAUUUGUUCAUAACUAUUUAAGUGGAGAACCAUUUGAAGAAUAUCAAGAAAGUUCAUAUUUUUCUCGAUUUCUACAGUGGAAGUGGCUGGAAAGGCAACCAAUAACAAAGGAUACGUUUAGACAUUACAGAGUUCUAGGAAAAGGCGGAUUUGGGGAGGUCUGUGCCUGUCAAGUGCGAGCUACAGGAAAAAUGUACGCCUGUAAGAAGCUAGCAAAGAAAAGAAUAAAGAGGAGGAAAGGUGAAGCAAUGGCUCUAAAUGAGAAGAGGAUGCUGGAAAAAGUGAAUAGCAGAUUUGUAGUUAGUUUGUCUUAUACUUACGAGACCAAAGACUCCUUGUACUUGGUGCUGACCAUUAUGAAUGGAGGGGACUUAAAGUAUCACAUUUACAACCUGGGCAACCCUGGCUUUGAUGAGCAGAGAGCGAUCUUCUAUGCGGCCGAACUGUGCUGUGGCUUGGAGGACUUACAGAAAGAAAGAAUUGUGUACAGAGACUUAAAGCCUGAGAAUAUCCUCCUCGAUGACAUUGGGCACAUCCGGAUCUCAGACCUGGGUUUAGCCGUGGAGGUCCCGGAGGGCCGGACCGUCCGAGGAAGAGUGGGGACCGUCGGCUACAUGGCUCCUGAAGUUAUCAAUAAUGAAAACUAUACAUUUAGUCCUGAUUGGUGGGGACUUGGCUGCCUGAUAUAUGAAAUGAUUCAGGGACAUUCUCCAUUCAAAAAGUUCAAAGAGAAGGUCAAGCGACAGGAAGUCGAGCGCAGAGUGAAGAAGGACACAGAGGAGUACUCCAGGAAGUUUUCCGAGGACGCCAAGUCCGUCUGCAGGAUGUCUCCGCGCCAGGCUGGCGCCACACGUCCUGCCCUUGCCCGGGAAACGACGCGACUGGGCUUCAGCCAACGGGACAAAGCAGAGCAGUCAUUGUUUGCUUUCUCCAAAGACGCACCUGACAGGGAAGGUGGGGCCAAGGUCAUCAUUUCCUGCAAAAGUAAAGACAAAGCAGCAUCUUCGUUACUCACCAAGAAUCCCAGACAACGGCUGGGCUUCAGCGGUGGAGCAGCGGAAGUGAAGGGACACCCCGUGUUCAAGGACAUUAACUUCAAGAAGCUGGAAGCAAAUAUGUUGGAUCCCCCUUUCUGUCCUGAUCCGAAGGCAGUGUAUUGUAAGGAUGUCGUGGAUAUCGACCAGUUCUCCACGGUGAGGGGAGUCUACCUGGACACCACAGAUGAUACUUUCUACAGCCAAUUUGCCACAGGCUCUGUCUCCAUCCCCUGGCAGAACGAGGUGAUCGAAUCGGGUUGUUUUAAGGACAUCAACGAAAGUGACACUGGAGAAUAUGAGGCACUGGAUCUACAAGAGACACUGAGCCACCCAGUUCCCAAACCAAAGAGAGGCUUCUUCUACAGACUCCUCAGAAGAGGGGGCUGCAUUAGCGGUGUCCCCAGCGACAAGGAAGAGCUGCCCUCAGUGGUGUGACCACUCACUGCAGAGCCGGGCCCCAGCGCCCAGGAGCACGAGCGUGGUGUUUGA